AUGAGCAAGCACAAAUACGUUUUGGACGCGAACAGCGUCAUCAAGUGCAAAGAUUUAUUGUUCACAAACUACGACUGCUACGUUACCGAAGGAGUUAUAAAAGAAAUAAAAGAUGAAAACUCCAGGAGGAGACUUAACAACAUGAUGCCUCUGCUAACUGUUGCGCGGGCGGAAGAGAGGGAUGUGAAUUUUGUAAAAUAUUUUGCCAAAAUGACUGGGGACUUCGACUCACUGAGUGAGGUAGAUAUAGACGUCAUUGCGCUGACGUAUAUGCUGCACCGUAUGCAUGGAGAUGUGUCCAAGCUGAAUGCCGCUCCUAUGGAAACCAUUUAUAAGUACGACCAAGUUGAGUUUGAUUACGUGGGGAGGGGGGGAGCAGCCACAGGGGAGGAGGGAGCAGCAGUUGAAGAGGAUGAAGCAGCAGUUGGAGAGGAUGAAGCAGCAAAUGGGGAGGAGGAAGCAGCUUCGGGGGAGGCCGAUGAAACCACCGCGAGCAGCGCGCAGCCGGAAAAGGCGGACUCAGGGAUGGACGAUUUGAAGCGGGAGGAUGGCGAAUCCGCGGGGGGGGGCGGCAUGCUCGACGGGGGAGAAAGCCCACACGAGAGUGACGCAGAGGAGGGAGGAAGUCCACACGAGGGUGAUUCCGACGUCGAAUCCGACUCGGAUGGGAGCGCCCAUGAAGACGGCUCACUCGAUGCGCGACGACGCAUCCGCGGGUGCGAAACGAUCAAAGAGGAAGUCGUGCAGGUGGCGGAGGCGGCCGAGCAGGAGGAAGAAGAAGAGGGCGCCCAAUGGAUAAGCAUAAAUAAUUACUACACGCAAAAUGCAGACGUAAAUAUGAAAGAAAAAUUCACCCCAAAAGUAGCAUGUGUAACGACAGAUUAUGCCAUGCAAAAUGUUCUGUACCAAAUAGGAUUAAAUGUAAUCACCAUGGAUGGGUACAAAAUAAAUUCCAUAAAAUUGUGGGGACAUAUAUGCACAUCAUGUUACACAUUUAUAAAAAAAAGUUCCCUUCUCUUCUGCUCCAAGUGUGGAAAUAAUAAUUUGAGGAAAGUAAAUGUCGUAGUGGAUAAUAAAUUAAAAAAGCUAGUCGUGAAAAUCCCCCAAUUUAGGGUUAAUACGAAAAACACCAUUUAUAGCAUUCCCAAAAAAAAAAAUUCUUCCAAAAAAAAAUUCCAAGAUAAGUUGCAAAUAUUUAGGGAAGAUGAAUUGCUCAUCGGGGGGAGGAAACAAUUUUUAACUCAUCAGAAAAAGCUCUACGAAUCGCAGAAGAGUAAGAAGGACCCCUUUAGUGGAGACAACCUCUAUGACGACUGUGUGAACGACUGGACCUACCGGACGACUUUGAAAAAUGGCAAAGUUGCCAUUUUGACCAACCCGAAAAUUGUCGUGGGCGGGAGGAAGAAGCGCGCCCACAGGAGGAAGAAGAAGUAG